AUGGCAUCGAAACUACCAGUCGAUUCGAAUGAAUCUGCCACAGAAAUGACCAGCAGCAACGAAUCGUUGUGCUCCUUCAAACUAAAGUCGCCUAUAGAGCAAGUCCAAAAUAAGUUUUUCAGUAUGGUAAAGUCUUGUGACGUGUCGUCUGUAAACAGUAUGCUCAGCGACCACAAAGACCUGGACAUCAACUGCAAGAACUAUCAAGGCAUGACGGGUUUAAACCUGGCCAUCGAGAGCAACUGCGAGCCGAUUAUAGAUCUGUUGUUGGCGCGUCCCGGAUUAGAUAUCGGCGACUCCUUGAUGUACGCCAUCCAGAAUAACCGAUAUUCCACUGUCGUCAAAUUCCUGGACAUGUUGAAAGAGACCAAUCCGGAUAAGGCGUUUGUCGGCUACGAACAUUCCACAGCGUUCCCUCAAUAUCUGACGCCACUAAUGUUGGCCGCUCAGUGCGGACUGUUUAGAAUUAUUAGUUUACUGCUUAAACGGGGGCACACCAUAGCCAUACCGCACAAGCACACGUGUGUGUGCAAAGAGGUGUGCAAAUCGCUAGCUCAACUUAACAACGGGCUGGGAGCGGCCGAGACGAAGCUCCUGUCCGUCUUCCGAGCAAACUCUAACCCGGCGUACAUAUCGCUGACAUCCGACGAUCCGAUAUUGACGUCGUUCCAUCUCAGCCGGAUGCUUCGAGAUCACGUGUUGGCCAUGGAUUUGAAACAAAAAGAGUUCGUAGCACACGCGUACGUUCAACAGACGUUGGAGAAGGCGUGGUCCGGUGACUGGUAUGAAUGGAAGCGUUUGGGACCGUUGUAUAAGACAUAUAUCGUAUUGCUUCGGAUAGUGCAGCUACCCUAUAUCAUGCUGCUCUACUUGUUCGGGCCGUACACGAAACGCGGCCAACACUACGCGUUGCCCGUCAACCGGAUGCUCAAUUAUUUGGCCUCGUACGUCUUGUUUCUUGUGUUUCUCACGUACAUCAAUAACCUAGACAAGACGCAGACGAAUCAAAACUCCAUGUAUAUCGCCAUGCUCAAGUGUAAGCUUUUUGUGUACUUCAUAUCGUUCGUGGCGCGUACCUUCAGGUUGGUGUGUGUACAGGGGCCCAAACGGUAUUUUCGCACGUUGUGGAACGUGUACGAUUGCGUCAAGCUCGCCGUUUUUGCGGUAACGUUUUUCUGCUGGGCCCUGACGUACAUCAACAGUGGCAAAGCCGCGGUCGACGACGACUCGAUCACUACGGUUGAUCCGAAUGACCGCCGUUACUGGCACUGGACCAACCCUGUGUUGAUUGCCGAGGGCAUGUUGGCCAUCGCCACAGUCAUGUCAUAUCUGCGAUUAUUGUUUCUGUGUCAGCUCAGUUAUGCGCUGGGCCCAAUGCAGGUUUCGCUGGGCAAAAUGACCACCGACUUCGCGCGGUUCGCUAUACUGUUCGGUAUCAUUAUACUGGCGUUCACCGCAGGCCUAUGCCGGCUUUAUCAAUAUUAUGACGGAAUGAUACAGGUCAAUCCCGCCUACAGUCGUGAGAUCACGCAAGAGGAUUCAUUCGUCAGCGUGUACUCGACGCUGAAGACACUGUUCUGGGGUAUAUUUUGCAUGACGUCGUCCACGGCCGGGUCGGUUAUCAUCGAGAACAACGGCGCGAACGACGUAACAGCGGCACUUGAGGAAAUGCCGGCGGUCAACAACCACUACGUCACGCAAGCGGUGGGCACGUUGUUGUACGCGUUAUUCGAAACGCUGUCGGUGAUAAUCAUUCUGAACAUGCUGAUCGCCACCUUGACCAACACGUUCCAGAGGGUCACGGGAAACUCGUACAUCGAAUGGGUGUUCGGCCGCACCCAAGUUUUCUUAUCGUUUUCCGUGCACACCGAUCUUCCGCCACCGUUGAAUCUGAUUCCGUCGCUGCGUUGUUUCGUGGACACGUUCAGUUGUCUGUGCAAGUGUUGCAGGGCGGGCGCUAAGGGCUUCAUGAACAUAGUAACGUCCAAAGCUAACCACAAGAAAGAUAAUUCUGAGGACCUAUACAAAAAUCUUAUGAGCAAACUGCUGAAAAGAUAUUUUCGUAACAAAUUAACGGAAAACGUGGUCAGAAAAUGUAGUCCAGCGUGUGGUUAAAACUUAGGUUUAAGAGAUAGUUUUACUGUAGUUAUAAUUAUUUUUGUUCUUUUUUCAUAACUAUAAUAUAUUGGUUCUGAUUCAAAUCGAACCAUAAAUGAUAUGUGAAUAUUUGUU